GGAAUAGUUCCGGUUUGUAUUUCUCACGUGUAAUCAGCUCACGUGUAAACACACACAUCGAAGUGAGAAAUAGUUGGCGAUCAUUCAUUAAUAGUUAAAAUGACGUACACUGAUGGAAUCGUGAAACCGAAAACGAAGAGGUCAAAACGAUUUCUUCAGAACAGAGAGCCUAAACUAACAGAGAACAUCAAGAAUGCCAUGAUUAUGAAAGGAGGGAACACAACAGAGACAGUCACACAAGCGCUGAAAGAUAUUUAUGCUUUGAAGAAACCAAAUGCAGUGCUGUACAAAAAGAAGAAUAUUGUGAGACCCUUUGAAGACUCCACAUCUCUGGAAUUCUUCUCCAAGAAAAACGAUGCGUCUUUGUUUCUCUUUGGAUCCCACAAUAAGAAGAGGCCAAACAACCUCAUAUUUGGACGGUUGUUUGAUUACCACGUAUUGGACAUGAUCGAGUUGGGCAUCGAGAAAUUUACGUCUUUGAAGGAUAUCAAGCUGAGCAAGUGUCCAGAGGGAACUAAACCUGUGUUGGUGUUUGCUGGGGAGGCCUUUGAUGUCGACAAUGAGUACAAACGGCUGAAGAGCGUCCUAUUAGACUUCUUUAGGGGCCCCACUGUGUCAUCUGUGCGGCUGGCAGGCCUGGAGCACGUGUUGCACUUCACAGCCCUGGAUGGGAAGAUUUACAUGCGCAGCUACAAAGUUCUGCUGAAAAAGUCUGGCUGCCGCACUCCAAGAAUCGAGCUAGAAGAGAUCGGACCCUCCUUUGACUUCAUCCUGAGAAGAACGCAUCUGGCAUCCGAUGACCUCUACAAGACCGCAAACAGGCAGCCCAAAGCCCUGAAGCCUAAGAAGAAGAAGAACAUCUCCCAUGAUGCAUUUGGCACCAAGUUUGGCCGCGUGCACAUGCAGAAGCAGAACCUGGACAAGCUGCAGACGAGGAAGAUGAAGGGACUGAGGAAGAGGAGGGGGGAGAAGGCUGCCGAGCAGCAGCAGCAGCAGGAGGGGGAGGAGCAAGAGCAGGCCAGCACGUCUCCAAAGAAACAAAAAACGGACCAGUGACUCCGCAAAUCUCACUAGACCCAUAUGGACAUUCACAAUUUGAACUUUUUUGAAGCCAUUUCAGACGGCUUUUUGGAAGAGAACAGCAGCUGUAAAGUGAUUUGGGGGUGUUUGUAGCUCCCUUUUUAUUGUUUGUAUGUCGGAAGUCAAUCUGUGUAAGCCAGUGAGUGCGUUUUGCAUGUUAAAUAUCAUGCGGAAAAUGUAUUCUUUAUUGUUGAUGAUGCAGUUUUGCAAUAAAUACCAGUAUUGCACUGUAA